AUGAGCGGGAGAUCGAGCAACACGGCGACACCGGAACCUUCGGGGACCCCCGGUUCACAACAACCACAACAGCAACAGCAGCGCAGUGGACAGAGGGCCAAAGGCGCGAAGAAGAUCUCGGAGGGCGAGGCAGACUUGUACCUCGACCAGUACAACUUCACGACGACCGCGGCGAUAGUGAGUUCCGUGGACCGCAAGAUAUUCGUGCUCCUGCGGGACGGGAAGUUGCUCUUCGGCGUGCUCCGGACGUUCGACCAGUACGCGAACUUGCUCCUGCAGCACUGCGUGGAGCGGAUAUACCUCGAGGGGAAGUACGCGGAGGAGGACCGCGGUGUGUUCAUGGUCCGUGGUGAGAACGUCGUCAUGUUGGGUGAGGUCGAUAUUGACAAAGAGGACGAACCGCUCACGUUGCUCGAGCGCGUGCCCUUCUCCGAGGCAGAGAGUACCAGGACACUGGCCAACGCUCAGCGGUUCAAACAGGAGACUGACAAGACUAAAGAAUACGCAAGGUACGGACUCUCCCACGACUUCUACAAGUCAGAUAUGUACUAG